GGCUAUUUCAUCUCUCUGUAUAUUUACUUCGAAAUUCAUUCCACUGCUAACUGUGAGAUGACAGUGCUAAGUACUUGAUACGGCGAUACUUUAUAUAUUAGCAUGGAUUAAUUAUACAAUAUAGUUCUAGUAGUUUUAAGGAGGUUGUGGAAACUAACAUAUGACUUUGGACAACAAAUCUGAAAUUGGUUGGUUUGUACUCUCUUAAUGGCAGUGGUCAGAGCUCUAAAUGGGAAUACAUUUGUUUGGAUUACAAAUAAAAAUAUUCUCGAGACUUUUUCUUACAUUCAUGGAUUACUUUUUAAAAUUCUACAGCUCAUCAUUAAAAUGUGGUACUGAUUAUCUGACACGAUAGACCAUACUAUUUCUUGAAACGUUUGAACCUUCCAUUUCAUUUAGCUCAUUGAGACGUGUACCUUGAUGGUAACACUAACAUGAGGACAUCAAGUGUGAACCAAAGUUUCUUAUUGUUAUAGCGUCAAGAGAAAUGGAAAUUUCCGAUGAUUCUGAAAAUGUGACUUUCUUGAUUGAACCAGCACAGAAAGUGAUCACCGACAGUCAGUUUAUUAUAUUCACUGAAAUCUUCAGCAUCGUGUGCAGCAGCGCCUCUCUUCUUGGGAGCUUUGGUAACCUCCUGGUCAUCAAAACGUUUAAAUACAUGGGUCUUAAGGACGGCGUGACGCUCUCCUUCGUAUUCUUAGCAGCCUCUGAUUUGACCUACUUGUUAACAAUGGCUGUUCAAGGGGCUGCACUGGGAUUGCAUGGCAUUGAAAAAAAGAACGAAUUCAAAGUCUUCUACUCCGUUGACCCCUUUGGGAUCUACAUCUUUUUGGCCAAUUUAGGGAUCUUAAUCUACUUAGUUACCAUGUCCAUCACUACAUUCCUAGCCAUCGCUCGAUGUCUGUGUGUCGCGAUGCCCAUCAAGUUCAAAAACUGGUUUCGUAGAAAGACAUCUGUUGUUAUGUUCGUUGUCUUCUGUAUCGUCUCUAUAGUGAGCUAUGCCCCCAUCCUCAUGUUCAUGAAGAUGGUUAAAGCUUAUGACGCACGGGUGAACACAACUAGAUACAUUCUGUGGAUAUCACCCAAGCGUGAAAAGAUCAAGCAAGCGGUGUGGAUUUCCAGAGACGUCUUUGUUACUUUCCUGACACAGCUGAUAGUUGUGGCUUGUGUUAUCAUACUGACGAGAAGCCUACGUGCCGCUGCCAAAUUUCGGCAUACGACCACGGCGUACUCGCUGCCCAACAGCCUAGCUACCCAAGCUGCAAUAUUCACAACACACGCUAAAGAGAAUAAUGGAGAAUCCGGCCUGAUCGAGAGCCACCUCAACUCCAGAAGUGAUAUUUUAACAGCUAGGGAUACUAGGCAUCAGUGUGAGAAGCUUUCACCCAAAGACAUCUCCGUGGUGCAGCAGGUGGUUCUCAUCUCCACGGUGUACAUCGUGUGCAACAUGCCAAAGAUCUGUAUCGACGUGACGGGCAUGUUCGUGCCGGAGUUUACACUUGGUAAGAGCUACCAGAACUUGUACCUUGCCUUCAUCUGUGUCAUGGAAUUAUUCCAACUUUUUAAUUCUAGCAUCAGCAUCCUCAUUUACUAUAAUUACAACACCAAGUUCAGAAAAAACUGCAGCUUAUUUCUUUAGCCGUGUCAUGAUGAAUACAAUACACUUUAUGGUCUUGACACUUCAUUAGACACCAUGGCUCAACAAACAUCUUGUAAAAAUGCAUCAGCAUCUGCCUCCUGACUUUUGUUGAAGGGGUGUUGUGACAGUUUGAAUUUGUCUCGCUCAGCGUCUGUUCUUGGCAGGAUAUCAAGAGAGAGGCCGGUCUAUUGUUUUACGUCAUACAGCCAGCUUUUCUUUGGACGACUUUGUCUUCGUGCUCUAAAUGUAAAGUUCGCCUACUUGUAUUCUUCUCUUUUGUAUCUUAAUUGUUUAAAUUCAAACAUGUCCUACUAAAAGACGAAAGUUGAAAGCCAGGAAACAGAGUGUUAGGAUAGCAUUAGUUUAACUGUAAUUUCAGAUUUGUGUGUAGAUACUUUUGUUUCAAAUAUUAUUUUGUGCAUAUUUUAUUGAUUAAAUGCAGUCUGAAGUUCGUUCUAAAUCUAGAAUCUAGAACAGAUCGUUUCUAAUCUCCUCUAGACUGUUUAUUUCGAGUCUUUCUGUGUCCGAUUGGAUUAGGCUAGAAACACACAAUAAACUUCAUGCACAUUUUGGAUUUUUUUUUUAAUCAUUCUUCCUAUUAACCUGCGAAUUCUUCAAUGAGUCAAAAAGAAAACAACUGGAAACUGGACGGAUAUUUCGAAAAAGGCUCAAACUAUUUUCUUAGAAAUUUGACAGUUUAUUUAUACUUUGGUAAAAAAAAACAACAUAACUUCCUGAUUUACCACACAGUGAAACUCUGGUUUGAUCGUCAAAAUUUUUCAAAUAUACCUUACAAUUUGACUUAUGUUUUUUUUUUUAUUUAUUUUGAACAUGGGAUCAGCGGGAAUACUCCCAUUUGACUCAAAUGUUUCUUUGUAUUCAGUGACGCGUUGAAUCAAUAAAGAGACAUAAGCAAUUAGUUCACUCUGUCUAAUGUAGAAAUCAUUCGCUGAAUUGUUGAUAGAAGAACUGGAUUGUGCAAAGCCCGUUAGAAAGACUCCUUACAAUAUUGAAGCAUUACAAGAAAUAAAUAGAAUGAAACAAGAAAAAAUAUUUUGUAAAAGGAAAAUACCUCCAUUAUUAAACUUCAAAUAUAAUAAAAUAAUUUUAACAUUUUUCGAUCAAUUCAGGUAUGGAACUCGUGACAUCGUCAGCUGCUAGAGCUUACGCAUUUUCUGAUUCAGCCAGCCAGAAAAGUCUACUCAUGUGUUUAUUUAUUGGUAUGUUUGCUGUAUAGAUUUACGUUAAAAGAUAAGCAACGCUUAUAAAUUAAAAUAAUAUUGAAACACUUUUAAAUGUAUUCAGUUAUGGCACAAUUAUAGUAAUACGACUGACUACGCCAUGUUGGCUCUAGACCUAGAUAUAAUCUCCAGCCAAAUUUACAUUGAUUUAUUUUUUACUUUUAAUUAUAACGAUUGAACUAGAGUUUUCCAAAAUGCGGGUAACGUUCUAGUUAUUCUUUUCAUGACUAUAUACAUUAACUGUUACAUUUCUACGAAAAUAGAGCCGGUUUUUUUUUAGAUCAGCUGUCCAGGUUCCUGGAUGCAGGUUACACGAAGUUCUGACUUGAAUAGAGGUAUUGCAAUAAAUAGUAACCACCAUCAGCUUCAUAAAAGAAGCUUUGACUUUUAUAAAACUUUUUAUUUUGUCUUGCAAAGGAAGAACAUCAGAAGAUAUAAUAUCAACAUUUGUUUACGUUAAAAAGGGGAGUAAGAUUUAAACAGCUAAAGAGUGGUGAUAAAUUAGCAAGGGAAAUAAUUUUUUAAUUCGUUACAUUUGACUCUGCGCAAAAAGAAAAAUUCAAAUUAUAUGAUUUAUUACAAAUGUUUUUCAGAGAUGUAUAAAUGUAUACGACUGUUGUUAAAAGUUAAAUGAACAAGAACUUUUCCUUUAAUUUUGUUUUAGUUUCUUUUAGGAAACAUUACUAUUAAAGAUUUAAUGUGUAGACAUGUUUCGACCUUUGACUUCAGGUCCUAGAUAUAAAGAAUCUUAAGCUCAAUAGUGCCGUGGUAUAUCAUAAAAAAAUUCUAAGCAAUGCACGACACCGCCAAGGAAUACUCGAGAAGCCAUCGAACCCUCUCGAUUGUUUAGUUGAGAGCCACAUUAGUAACGGCACAUUUGGUAGUGAGCCAUGCGUGAUUGUGGUAAUCAGAGUAUUUUAAAUUACGUCUAUGCUAGGAUACAAUAGAUCAGUGAUGGGCAAACUUCGGCCCGAGGGCCAACCCAGGCCCGCCAAAAGAUUUAAUAUGGCCCUCCACACGUUUUGUAAUAUUAAUUAAAAAUAAUUUCACAUACGAGUUAAAACAUUGGAAUAGAGUAAAAGUGUAAAUUUUUAUUCAUAUGAUUCACUGCUAAUGCGUCUGCUGAUUUGAAAUUCACACAAAUGAGGUUAACAAAACUUCAAUGCAUUGUUACAUUUUCUCUACCAGGCCUUCUGUAAAAAAAACAACAUGUAUAACAACACAUCUAACUCAAAAACUUGACAACAAGAGUUCAAAAAAAAAUUUAAUGGUUUAAUAACUAAAUACAUGAACAGCCACUACUACACUAUUGGCUACUAACUUAUAUAGACUUAGGUCCUCCCGCGCCGUUCGGCGCAUCGGGCGGCAAGCUGUCUCCAUAAAGAUCAGCCAUUGGCAAUGUCUAUUGGCUACACUAGCUACAAAAGCUCUGGUGUACAGAAAUGCCGUACCAAACUCUCCUGAGCCCUCUGUCUACUCCUGAACUAGUACAGCUACAUUCUGGAGGACUCCCAUUGUACCGCACCGUCCUGGACUGCACUUCCUUUUUUUCAAAAUGUCUCUCGUCCGUGAAGGCUUUUGAUCACAUGACCAUAAUACGGGUCAUAUUAGCGUGUACCAGCAGUACAGUCCACCAUGAUCAUUGACAGCCGUUGACCUGUGUGAUUUGCAUGUGUCACGUGUGUCAGUAAGUCGCACACGAUUUGAAGAGUUCGUUAGUUCCAUGCGAUCUGAAUUCUCUGUACUUCUUCUAUCAACUAAUAAGCUAGCUAAAUAAAUAAAAAAAAAAGACAUAUCAUUUCUUAAGGUUAAUUUCACUGCUGUGAUGGGAAAACAAGCGUAGCGAGGAUGGACUACUUGGUGUAACUUAUAACGAAACUGAAUGAAGAUUGUAAAACUUUAUUUAAAUGAAAAAAAAAGUUUUAUAUUUCAUCUUUUUAAUGUUUUGUGAAGCAGAGUAACCAAACUUGAAGCUUAAAUUAAUGAAACUGAAAUUUAAUAAUUACAUGAGACUUAGUUCUAAAUAUUUCAAUUAGAUCUUUCACAGGGGCUUGUUGAAAUCCAUUUUCCAAAUCGUAUGCUCAAAGAAUUUGUGCAAAGUUGCGUCGUCAUAAUUUUGCCAGCAGCCUUUUUCAUU